AUGCGGGAGUCAUUUAUUUUAAUUAUCUUACCUCUCCUCGCGAUCGUAGUGAGGAGCUCAAAUGUAGAGAGCGACAGCUUCAAUUUAUACAAAGAUACCAUGCGUGCACGAAGUAGAGACGCUUUGAAGAUAGAUCCAGUUAUAUCAUACAUUUGGGAUCCAUACGCACCAAUAGAGGGUAUAGAAUAUUUUAACAUGCCAGCGUGGCUGCCAGAAUUUAGAAAAAGAGCAGCUGCCAAAAGGACUAAAAAGCGUAUGAUGAACGACUUGGUGCAAGUUGAAAGGAUGAAGAAACGGACUUCUAAAGCAGCCUUGUCACUGAUGCUACAGAGCAAACAGGAUCCUGAGCAGAUGACGGAAGAAGAGUAUAGUUGUUUGGUCGGCAAAUAG